GCUGGAGAGGUUACCCAUCUCCAGGCGCUCUGCUGAGAAACAACUGGACCAAUUUCCAUGGAGACCAGGGGAUCAGAAGGUUUGGAAAAGCCCUGGAAGGAAUUGGUGAGCGGUUCCCAGGAGACUGACGAUGGGUGGGACAAGGGGAGACCUGAGUUACUCUCAGAAGAUGAGAAAACAUGGCAUGCCAACCAAGGGACUCGAGACAGAGAACCUGGCCACUACCUCCCAAUUCAAAGAAACUCCGUCUUCAACCCCACCGUGAAACACAAAAGCAAAGGCCAAGCCAGAGACGCUCCAGAACAAAAUACCCCCCACCAGGCAGAUUCACUGGAAAAUGGACAGUCUGUAAAUGAGCCCCUGACCUUGAAUUCCCCCCAGAGCAGAAGGUCUUGGUGGAAAAUCCCAAUACAGCCACACCCAGGAGCCAAGAGAACAAGCGAGUCGUCCUCCACCCCGGGAAAUGGGGCCACACCCGAGGAGUGCCCGGCGCUCGCUGACAGCCCCACCACGCUCACUGAGGCCCUGCAGACGAUCCACCCCAUUCCCGCCGACUCCUGGAGAAACCUCAUCGAACAAAUAGGACUCCUGUAUCAGGAAUACCGAGAUAAAUCGACACUCCAAGAAAUUGAAACCAGGAGGCAGCUGGACGCAGAGAUACACACCAACGCUCAUGGCUCCCCAGCCAGGGAGGACACUCCAGAGGAGGAGGAGGAGGAGGAGGAGGAGGAGGACGAGCCAGCAAGCCCACCCGAGAGGAAGGCUCUGCCCCAGAUCUGCCUGCUCAGUAACCCGCACUCACGAUUUAACCUCUGGCAGGAUCUCCCAGAGAUCCAGAGCAGCGGGGUGCUGGAAAUCCUCCAGCCCGAGGAGAUCAAACUGCAGGAGGCCAUGUUCGAGCUGGUCACGUCCGAGGCCUCCUACUACAAAAGCCUGAGCCUGCUCGUGUCUCACUUCGUGGAGAAUGAGCGUCUGAAGAAGAUCCUGCACCCGUCGGAGGCACACAUCCUCUUCUCCAACGUCCUGGACGUCAUGGCCGUCAGCGAGCGGUUUCUCCUGGAGCUGGAGCGCCGGAUGGAGGAGAACAUUGUCAUCUCGGACGUGUGCGACAUCGUGUACCAUUACGCAGCCAACCACUUCUCAGUGUACAUCACCUACGUCAGCAACCAGACCUAUCAGGAGAGGACCUACAAGCAGCUGCUCCAGGAGAAGGCAGCCUUUCGGGAGCUGAUUGCACAGCUGGAGCUGGACCCCAAGUGCCGGGGGCUGCCCCUGUCCUCCUUUCUUAUCCUGCCAUUCCAGAGGAUCACACGCCUCAAGCUCUUGGUCCAGAACAUUCUGAAGAGAGUGGAAGAAAGGUCUGAGCGGGAGUGCACGGCCUUGGACGCCCACAAAGAACUGGAAAUGGUGGUGAAAGCGUGCAAUGAGGGUGUCAGGAAAAUGAGCCGCACGGAGCAGAUGAUCAGUAUUCAGAAGAAGAUGGAGUUUAAGAUCAAGUCAGUGCCCAUCAUCUCCCACUCCCGCUGGCUGCUGAAGCAGGGUGAGCUGCAGCAGAUGUCAGGUCCCAAAACAUCCCGAACCCUGCGGACCAAGAAACUCUUCCGGGAAAUUUACCUCUUCCUCUUCAAUGACCUGCUGGUGAUCUGCCGGCAGAUACCCGGAGACAAGUACCAAGUGUUUGACUCGGCCCCGCGGGGCCUCCUCCGCGUGGAAGAGCUGGAGGACCAGGGUCAGACGCUGGCCAACGUCUUCAUCCUACGGCUGCUGGAGAACGCGGACGACCGGGAGGCCACCUACAUGCUGAAAGCGACCUCUCAGAGUGAGAUGAAGCGCUGGAUGACCUCCCUGGCCCCCAACCGGAGAACCAAGUUUGUUUCCUUCACUUCCCGGCUACUGGACUGCCCCCAGGUGCAGUGCGUGCACCCGUAUGUGGCCCAGCAGCCAGAUGAACUGACACUGGAGCUGGCCGACAUCCUGAACAUCCUGGAGAAGACGGAAGACGGGUGGAUCUUUGGCGAGCGUCUGCACGACCAGGAGAGAGGCUGGUUCCCCAGCUCCAUGACUGAGGAGAUCUUGAAUCCCAAGAUCCGGUCCCAGAACCUCAAGGAAUGUUUCCGAGUCCACAAGAUGGACGACCCACAGCGCAGCCAGAAUAAGGAUCGCAGGAAGCUGGGCAGCCGAAACCGGCAAUGACCCCUGGCCGGGUCACUAGCCUGGCGGGAGGACACGGGCGGGCCAGAGCAGCGCCGGGCUGGCAAAGCCCGACGGACAGCAGAUGGGCUCCGGGGGCAGGCAGGCGCCUCAUGCAGGAACCCGCCCACCCCUCUCACUGCCCCGGGCUGAGUGCUCGCCUGUCUCAGCCCCCUCGCUUGCAAACUGGAGAAAGGGUGCCACGUCUUUCCUCUGCUGCAUUUAUAAACAAGAAAGCGUAUUUUAAACAGUAUUCUGCUACCUCUCCCUCUUGUCUCCUGGGGGGGGUGGAUGUGGACCGGCAUGCUCCAGGGGCCUUCCCAGGCACUGGGAGAGGCCCCCAACCCCGGGGGGUCCCUGGCCGAGGGCAGGCUGGAAGGAUUGUCAUGACCCCCUGCACACGUCCUUCUCGACCCUGGAAGCCAUUAGAAUCCACCAGGGGAGCAGACGGACCACCCUUGCCUGAGCUUGAUGAGCAGCCCGUGGUCUCCGAUCCAAAGGACUGAGAGACCAAAUGCCUCUGUCCUCCCCUCCCCAAGCCUCUGCCAGCCUCUGGCUGCACGGCCAGGCCCCGCUUCACGGCAGGCCUACCAGAGCUUGGCUGAGGGCCCAUGCAACCUCUGGCUCCCUGACAAGCUGAUGUAACUUGUGUCUUCCGGCCCCUUCAGGAGCCCAGGUGUUGUGAGGAAUGAAUUGGUCACUGCAUCCUGUAUCGAUUUUGGUUCCGAGAAAAGCAACUAUCAUUUCUGGCUGCAUUAAAAGAAGCAUCAUGUAUAAAAUAA